AUAUCGUAUAAAGUUGUUGGAGUCAUAGGUACGGACGAAAGUGCUACCUCUGGCCCUGUAGCCCAAGUCUUGAGUGUUGUUAACAUACCACUGGUUAGCUUUUGGGCAUCCAGCGACGCACUCAGUAAUAAGGUAUGAUGGCUUUCUGUUUAGUUAGAUCAUGGCAUCGCUGUAGACACAUUACAUUUAUUGUGUAGUGACAAUGUUGCUCUCACUUAACUUGACAUUUAAAUGUGCUCAACUGGACACAGACAGGACAGCAAAUAUCUUUAACUGAAUAAAAUGAGCUUCCCAAAAAAAAAAACAAAAAAAAACAAAAACAAAAUAAGAUUCAUCUGUUCAUUAAUACCCAUUUGAACAUUCUUAAUUGGAUUAUAAAUUUAUCAUAAGUCAAUAAUUAUAUCGCGAUAAAAGUUGAAAAUGCACAUUUACAUUGAUUAAUUUAUGGAACAGAUCGAUUACAAAUAGUCCGUUAAAAUAGUUUUUUUUUUUUUUUUUAAAAUCCAUCAGACAUUACUUUAAGCUGUUAUUUAUUUUCUAUUACCUUUUCUAUGUUACUUCAGCGACUUUACCCAAACUUUUGGCGAGUAUUAGCGUCGGACACAUAUUUGAUCAUAGCGCUCACCGACUUCCUAAGACUUCACGACAUGAACUAUGUGUCUAUAAUAUUUGACAAAACACCUCGCUCCCUGGCGCUCUACAACAAACUGAGGAGUAACUUGGUCUUUAAGAAAAUCUGCAUAUCGAACAAACUAAUUUUCGGUGAGAACACAAAUUUGACCGAAAUGUUGGGAGAUCUCCUCGACGAUAAUCUCGCUUCAAGGGUAAUCGUCUUCAUGGGCGGUGAGAUACUCGCCCAACAAGUUAUGACAACAGUGAAGGACUCCAUUUUUCAAGGUCAGUUUCUCUGGAUAGCCAAUGACUACUGGGAGGAACACAUCUUUAAAGACACUGCCCCCCGGGGCUCAGUUGGCGUGCAUUACAAGAGUUUACCUGUCUCGGGUUUUAAGGAGUAUUUUAUUGGCCUUGGCACAGACAACAAGAACCCUUGGUUUAUGAAUGCAUUGGAGGCCCAUGAGGAAUGCGCCAGGCCUGAGUGCAUUAAGAGAGUACUCGAAAAAGCCUUGAAAAAGACGGACAUGGUCAUUUCUCUGAUGUACGACUGCCCUUAUGUCUUCGCCCACGCAAUCGAUGCAUUUAUAAAAGACACAUGCCCUGGCCUGUACGGAUCAAUGGUCUCAAAAUGUUUUUAUGACAACUAUGACGAUUUUGUACCGUAUUUAAAAAACGUCUCAUUCCAAAGAAGCUCUCACGUGUUUGGAUUUACGUUGGACGGACAAGCCCACGAGAAGUACUCACUGAUUCAAUCUGCUUACGACGUGGGAGAACAACCUUUAGAAAUAGCGCAAUACAACUUGAAGACCAACACCACGACGAUCCUACACCCCAUCAUGAGGUCACAGUUACUUAUUCCAUACGAAAGGCUCCAACCCCAAACGUUCUGUACGAAGCCAUGCUCCUUACACAAGUACCGCUACGCCAUAUCUCGGUGUUGCUGGAUUUGUAGAGCAUGUCAAGAGAAUGAAGUCGUUGGCCACAACCUGAGGACGUGCGAGCAAUGCCCCACACUGCACUGGCCUUAUCUCCUGGGGAACAGAUCCAGGGAGUGCGGGAGGAUACCGCCAGAUCACUUUCGCGUGUUUUCUACCACCUCGAUCGUCUUGAACACGGUGGCCACUAUGGGCAUUCUGACCGUGAUUUUCAUCCUGUGGGUGUAUUGGAAGAAGAGAACGAACCAGGUAAUCAAAGCUUCUAGCAUCGAGCUCAGCGUGAUACAGCUGAUUUUCAUAGGCAUCGGCUAUCUCACCGUGCCCGUUGUCUUAGACAGGCCGACGACGUUCAGGUGCACUAUCGGCGUCCUGCUCUUCACCACCAGCUUCGACGUCUUGUACGUGACGAUGCUGAUGAAGGCCAUUAGAGUGUACCGCAUUUUCACCAUGUCUAGUAAACAUAUGGUUGUCACGUACACGAGUCAAGGUCUUCAGAUAUGUCUUUGUGGACUACUUAUUGUCUUUGAGGUGAGAUCUUUAUAA